AUGCCAUCAACGAACAGGAUAUUGGCAGUAUCGAAGCCCCUUGGUUUGGCUGGCUCAACUGGACGUUGUUAUCUAUUCAAAAAGUUGAUCCAGGAAAGACCACACCUAGGCCGCGUUUGGUUAGCAUCAUCUGGGAACGAUGAUUUCAUCUUGAAAGACAUCCCGGAAACUAUAUUCUCAGCUUUUAAUGAGAACAUUCGACUAAGGCUUCCUCGAUCUCCCCGCAUUCGCUUACCAUUGGAUACCAUCCCUGAACAACGUAUAUUUGUGUACAAAUACCUGAAUGAUGAUUUUUUAAGUCUAGUUCGGAAGCGAAUCUCUGUCCGAGCUAGGAAAGAGAUCCUCAAAGCUACUUUACAAGGAAUUGCAGAUAUUCACGACCAGGAUAUUGUACAUUUAGAUAUCAAGCCUGACAACAUCUUGGUCGAUUAUCGUCAUGUUGACGAAGAAGUUAUAGUGGAACAGGUGCAAAUCUCCGAUCUUGAAAAUGCAGCGUAUCUCCCAAAGCCUAGCUGUAUCAAAGGAAUGUUAGCUGGAAAUGAGAACUGGCGCAGCCCAGAGGGACACUUUAAGGGAGAGCUCAACAAACCAUCCGACUUAUACUCAUUCGGACUAGUCUGCCUCUAUGCUGUCCUUGAGCGUGUCAUACAAGGGAUUGAUGAUGACUUCAAAUUGCACCUUUCGAAAGGCACACUUCCUGCGUUGAUUCGCCUGCAACGACAAAUAUCGUAUUUUGGAGACAAAGAAGGGUUGAAAGGGCUUAUGAAGCACGUCGGUGAUGAAGAAGUGAACUGUGAGGUUCUUGGAAUGCUUUGGGAGGAGCGACGGGCGGACUACAUCCCAUAUGUGCAGUUCUCAGAUUGGACAGAUGUUGACUCGACAUUCAAGGACUUAAUUCGAGGGUUGAAUCAUCUGGAUCCCUCACAGCGGCUUACAGCUCGUCAGGCAUUGGAACAUCCCUGGUUUGCAAGCAUCGAAAUUGCUUCCUUGUAG